UCUUGGCCCAGGGCCCGACAUCCACUGAUUAUGCGACUGUUGUUCUGCAUUCUCUGUUUCACCCUCAUUACCGCGGGCGAGCUUGUGGUCGCGACCAGACCCACCAGAUCUCUGUCAUUUCGGAAAGGUAGCUCCUUUUUCUACAGGGUGAAUUACAAGAUCACGGUGUUGUCUUACUCGACCAUAUUCGCUCAUGCGGCUGGUUUUAAGCUAGUAUGGCAACUUCCAAGCGAAUCCGCCGACACUAGAAUCGGCAGGUCCAUCUCCGACGUUCACCAGGCCGCGGAGCUCGUCUACGAGAGCCAUGGAUUUGAUGGGAGAUCGUGUCUCUUGAAGAAUAUCUGUCAAGCGAUGGAAUACGUAAGCCAGAGGGAUGGCGUGAUCGCAAAGAUAUUAAAAUUGCUGAUCGGAUCAUAUACGACGAAUAGCUCGUCGAUGGAGCCUCUUUAUUGUGACAUCCACGUCAGAAGUUGCCCCCUCGAGUUGAUCGGAAUUGACGGUUUUAUGGAGCAAUAAAUCUACCUGUUUUCGAAAAUCGUAGAUAAAGCUGAACUUAUGAAACUGUAGGAAAAACAUUAAAAGUGACGUUUCUCCAAUCGAAUCCCUCUCUCCUUAAGUCUCGUUUCGAUUAAUCAAAUAAUCCGGAUUUAAACAACCUUAUUCUUGCCAGAAUUUGUUAUUCACUUAACUUGACGUAUCCUCUCAAGCUUUCACAUUCAUUGUUAUUAUCAAUAAAGAUACUUCGGUUCAAAAAAAUUUAAAUGGACGAAUUUGGAACAAGACGGAAAGCUGUUGCAAGAUUUCUUUAUUUUUCCGUUUGAAACUCGCGUUUUAAAAUCUGUACUGUUAAACUCGAAUAUAUACAUAUAUGUAUAAACAUACUACCAGACAUAAAUAUGUCAAUAUUGAUAUAAAUAGGUUGCUUUUCAUUCUUUUAUUUUGUAGUUAUUUGAUGCUCUUUU